UUGACUUCUUUUGACGACGCACAAGGAUUCGAGUCUCUCUUCAAAAUGACGAGAAAAACUUUUAGCUACAUCAGCAGCUUGGUGAUGGGUCCAUCAAUGGAAGAUAUGAACAACUACACCUUUGUUGACGGGAGGGUGCUGUCUUUAGAAGAUCGGGUAGCCAUUUCUCUUAGAAGAUUGCAGUCCAGUGAGCCAACAGAGAGCAUAGCAUCCUCUGUUGGUGUGAACGAGUCAAUCAUCUUGUUGGUAACUGAGAGGUUCGUUGAUACUGUGUGGGAGCGGGCAGACCACCACUCAAGCGGGCCAGACUGCAGUGAGAAGGAUGAAAUCAAAUCCAAGUUUGACAAGAUCCACAAUAUGCAUAACUGUUGCGGGGUUAUAUGUACAACUCACAUCCCAUUUGGACCAAACUGCAACCAUGAGAAGAAUGACAUCGCUGUAAUCCAAUUCAUUGUUGAUGCAACGAAGAGGUUCAGAAACAUUUGGUUGGGACCAGCAGGUAGCAUGAACAAGUCGAGCCUUUUGAAGAACUCUGAAAUCUUCAAGGAGUGUGCGAAGGGCGGUUGGCUGAAUGGCAACAAGCUGAAAGUGGCAUUAGAUGGAUCAGAAGUCGGGGAAUACAUAAUUGGUGAUGCGGGAUACCCUCUUCUUCCAUGGCUACUCACACCUUACCAGGAAGAAGGCCUCUCAGAUUCCAUGGCAGAGUUCAAUAGGAGACAUUCUGCAGCCACAACCUGUGCUCUGAAGGCACUCGCAAGGCUCAAAGACACAUGGAAGUGCCUGCAAGGAGAGACGUGGUGGCCAGCCAAUCUGGAAACUCGAAGUAAAAUAAUAUAUGCUUGCUGCAUGUUGCAUAACAUAGUCAUAGAAAUGGAGGAUGAUGCAGCCAUGCUGAGCACCAAGCGGAGGAAUUACUCCAAGGAAGUGCGCCAGAUAGCAAAGGAGGACGCUGCCAGGGCGAGGGAUAUGCUGUCACAAUACUUCUUGGCUAGCAGGUCAUCUGAAUCUGGAGAGGAGGGUGAUGAAGCAGCUUCAUCAGGCUCAGGAGGUGAAAGCAAGAAACAAGAAAAGCAGGCAAGAACAACAGAUGAAGAGAUAUCAGUAUUAACUAGGUACUACUGCUACCCCACUGUGCUUUGAGUCCUGAUCCUGUUAUUGAAACUGCUAGUGAGAAUCGUAGUCCUGUUCCCACAAGUUUCUGUCCUACUACCCGGCCAUCCGGAAAUACCAGAGUUCUCUUCUUGGUUUAUUCUCUUGAUGUGGCACUAAUGCUAGUGAGAAUCUUUAACUGCUUAACUCCCUUGGUUGCUAGUAUAUAGUAAUUACAUAACUCAGAAAGAAUGGUAAUCGAUACAACUAUUAGCAAUAUGUUAGCUGAGACUCCGUAUUGGCAAUUUGUUUUACUGAUGGUUCAUAUAAUAGCAUGUGCGAUGUUGUUAAUAAAGUUAGCAUCCUGCUAUGCAUGGGAAUGAAAAUUCUUGAUAUGUUAAACCCUGGUGUGUGGUCGUAUAUAUAUCUGAUAUAAUCAAAACCUUGGUUUGAUCAGGUGAAAGAGGGAGCUACAUCCCUGCUGGAUGUGAUUGGAGCUUUUGAAUGCAUGAAAGCAGAGCAGACGUGGUGAAAGGGAAGCCUACUUUCACGCUGCAGCUUGAACUGUAGCUAAACAUUAUUUUUAAGUUAUGCCCAUCUACUCUAUGUGUCAAAGACAAGUGUUGUCAUGUAGUCUGUACUUGGUGGAUGGGCAGUAAGCUUUUGUAGUUAGCAACUAUACUAUGCGUGGAAACAUGAAACUUCUUGAUAUGUUUAUACAUGCAUGAAUGCAGAGCAGACGUGGUGAAAGGGAAGGCUACUUUGACGCUGCAGCAUGAACUGAAGUUCAACAUUCUUUUUCAAUUUUGGUCAUCUAUUUAUCCAGAUAAGAAAAGUGUUAUGCAGUGGAUGGGCAGUAAGCUCUUGUGUGUCAGAAAAAAUGACAAUGUAGUGUACAGUAGCCUCUUUGGAGACUAUCUGUAUUUAUGACAUACGUAUGUUUGUGCUAGUAAUUAUCCAUUGUGGGAACUUUUGAUGAAUUCCCUAAUGCAACAAUAAUGAAUAGAUCAACUUGACUAGCUCCAUUCUCAGUGGGGGUCAUUUGACAGUAUUUAGUACGUACUACGAAUUGCAGUAAAUGGUAAGAGUCCACACCAAAAAAAAAAUGAUAAG